GGCCAUUAAUUCUGACCACGUGCCCAGGAGGUGAACCGGAUGGCCACGGCACAAAGACUUCUCAUCACUAUGUCCUGCGACGCCAGCGCUCACCGGACGUUGCCUGCGUUCCUUCUCCUGGGUUUGCUCGCCGGGAUUGCUGCCACACACCCAGUUGUAAGCAGAACUAAUGGCACAUUGCUGGAGAGAGGAUGGCAAUCUCUGCUGUCCAGGUCCAUGGCUGGGAUGUCAGGGGAGAAGGCAGAUGUGAACUGGGAGAGUGACUAUUUGCUAGGAAUCAAGAGGCAGCGGAGGCUUUACUGCAACGUGGGCAUCGGGUUUCACCUUCAAAUCCUCCCAGACGGAAGGAUAAGCGGAGUUCACAAUGAAAACCAAUACAGUCUCUUUGAAAUAUCCACUGUAGAAAGAGGUGUUGUAAGUCUGCUUGGUGUGAAAAGUGCUCUCUUCAUUGCAAUGAACAGCAAGGGCAGGUUGUAUGGGACGGCUGUUUUCCAAGAUGAGUGCAAAUUCAAGGAAACCUUGCUGCCCAAUAACUACAAUGCAUAUGAAUCCAACGUUCACCGUGGUGCUUACAUAGCCCUGAGCAAACACGGCAGGGUGAAGAGAGGGAACAAGGUUUCUCCUGCCAUGACAGUGACCCACUUCUUACCAAGAAUAUGAGCACCAGGAAAAGAAGAUUAAAUCCUAGGACAAAGUGUUUCAUUUUGCACAUGGGGAAUAACCUCCCAGGGGCUGUCUAUUCGUGAUGAAUUUGAGCCUUCUGACAUGCAUGAGAGACACUGUCAGGGCCAGAUCCUCAGCUGGAGUAAAUCAGCCCAGGAAAACUAUCAGUUUGUAGCUGCAGAAGAUUUGGCCCAAAGGACAUACCCACAAGGAUGUACCCACUGCCACCAUUCCAGAGAAACUGUCAAUGCAAUUGUUUUGUGAACCAAAUACAGUUUUCCAGCAUCUCUAGUGUGACUUAUACUUUAAUUUAUCUGAUUCAAAUGUAAGUGAUGGUCACAGCCUAAAUGAAGAGAAAAAAAAGAGUGGAAUGCUGCUCACAGUACAGGAAUGGGAUGCUUUGGAGGAUACUUUGGAAGGAAAGAAGUUGGAAGGAAUUGCUCUUCAUUUUCUGGUCUUGCACUAUUUCAGAGAGAAGCCAAGAUGAUACACUUUGUUCACGCACAACGUGUACAGCAGUUGGCUUUGGAAAAAUGUGCAUUUGAAGUGAAAAAUCAGGAUGUUUUGAGGGGGGAGAGAGUGGGUCAAGGAAAAGUUUGGAGGAUAUGAGGCAGUACAUUGACCUGGAGUCCCCAGAGGUACAGAGAGCUGUGCUAAAAUACAUUAGCUGGCAACCUGUAUCCUGGUGUUAUAUUCCUAAUUGUCUUUGAAGUGAAGUUUGAAAAGGAUGGAAGAGUCCAGGGACGUAGAAGGAAAUAGAGUUCAAAUGCUGGCACACAAGUUUGUUUCUGAUCACUUAAUCCAGCAUCCUUAUGACAGGAUAGAGUCUGUUCCCUCUUAAACUGGGGCAGCCUAGAGAAAGUGAUUGUUGCCAGGACUGGUAAGCACUGGGACAGCUGGCACAAAAGGUGGGUAUCAAACCUACUGGCUCCAUUUUGCACACACUGGUCAAGCGAGGACAACCCAUAGACCAGGUCACAAAAAGCCAGAACAAGAGGAAACAGACUCAAGCCAUGCCAGGGGAGGUUCA